AUGGGCUCCUCCUCCCGCCGACGGCAAUGUGGCGGUGGCGGUGGCGAUGCUCUGUUUUUCCAUUCUCGCCACCUCCUCCUCAUCCUCAUGUGUUUCAACCUGCUCUCGUCGUCAUCAUCAUCAGCAGCAGCUGCAAUCGCAUCAUCAUGGCCGUCGGUAGACGGCGGAUUCGCCUCCGGAGCAAUCGACCUCGGCGGCGGCCUCCACGUCUUCCAAACCGCCUCCUUCGACCAAAUCUGGUCCACCCAUCAGGGCGGACCGGACGAUUUGGGCGCCUCCUUCUUCGAGCCUACCCAAUUGCCUCCCGGUUUCCACAUGCUCGGCACCCACAGCCAGCCCAACACCAACCCUAACCCUAAUCUCCACGGCUGGAUCCUCGCCGGGAAAGACGCCUCGACCGCCGACGCACCAGCAGCAUUGAAGCCGCCGGUCGAUUACACCCUAAUUUGGACCAGCUCCGACGCCGUAAUCGACCAACAAGAAGGAGGAAUCGCCUAUUUCUGGCUCCCGGUCCCGCCCGCCGGCUACAGAUCCGUCGGCCACGUCAUCACCACCUCCUCCCCUGACAAGCCCCCGCUCGACAAAAUCCGCUGCGUCAGAUCCGAUCUCACCGACCAAUGCCAGGCCGACGCGUGGCUCUGGGGCCCAACCGACGCCGGCGAUCCGGAUCUGACUGGAUUCAACGUUUUCAACCUCCGGCCUGGCAACGGAUCCGACGCCGCCGGCGUCCCCAUCGGCACAUUCGUCGCCCAAUCCUCCGGCCUUCCCGGACAUCCAACUGUCGUGGCCUGCCUGAAGAAUCAGAAUUCCGUCAACGGGUCGGCAUCUUCGAUGCCGAAUUUAACGCAGGUGGAAGAACUAUUCAAAACAUACGCUCCCUGGAUUUCUCUCCAUCCCGACGAGGAAUUCCUCCCGUCCACCGUCGAUUGGUUUUUUGCAAACGGAUCGCUCCUAUACGAGAAAGGGAAAGAAUAUAACCCGACCCCGAUCGACCCGAUUGGUUCGAACCUCCCGCAGGGAGGUUCGAACGAUGGGGUAUACUGGCUCGACCUGCCGGUCGAGUCGUCGGAUAAAGAGAGGGUGAAAAAGGGACAGCUGGCAGGCGUGGAGGUGUAUUUACAUGCGAAGCCCGCCUUGGGGGCCACAUUUACCGACAUCGCCGUGUGGGUUUUCUACCCGUUCAACGGGCCGGGGAGGGCAAAAGUGGAAUUCAUCAAGAACGUAAAGCUCGGGAGGCUCGGGGAGCACGUGGGGGACUGGGAGCACGUGACGCUCCGGAUCAGCAACUUCAACGGGCUGCUCCAGAGCGUCUACUUCUCCCAGCACAGCGCCGGGUCGUGGGUCGACUCGGCGGACCUGGAGUAUCGGGGCGGGUCGCGGCCCGUGGCGUACUCGUCGCUCCAUGGGCACGCGAUGUAUCCCCGCCCCGGGCUGGUGCUGCUGGGUGGCGGGGAGAAGAUUGGGAUUCGUGACGACACGGCGGAGGGCGGGGCGGUGGUGGACACGGCGGCGGGGUUCGUGGUGGUGGCGGCGGAGUAUCUCGGGAAGGGCGCGGUGGUGGAGCCGUCGUGGUUGAAUUACAUGAGGGAGUGGGGCCCGAAGAUCGAUUAUGACGUGGAUGAGGAGCUGGCAGAUGUGAGGAAGUUGCUGAUUGGGAGGAUGAGGGACGAGUUUGAUAAGAUGGUGAGUGGAUUGCCCAAAGAGGUGCUUGGGGAGGAAGGGCCCACUGGGCCCAAAGUUAAGGCCAGCUGGGCUGGGGAUGAAGUUUAG